CCGAUUCUGGAAGCCAUUACGCCACUGCCGCAAAGUUAGAGGCUCUCUGCGGGGCGGGUGUCGCCGGGUAGUUGGGGCUGACCCCCCGUGCUUCGUCUCAAGACCCCCUGACCUGGCUUGUCUUCAUCUUGGGACCCUCGUAUGAUCAUGUCGUCCCCUCCAGCACCACCCGCUAAGAAACGGAAGAUGAACUUCUCGGAACGGGAGGUGGAGAUCAUCGUAGAGGAACUGGAGCGGAGCAAGCACCUGCUCAUCAACCACUUCAACGCGGGUGUGCCGUUGACCGUCAAGGCCGCCGCAUGGCACAACAUCCUGCGACGGGUCAAUGCAGUGGCGACCUGCCGCCGGGAGCUGCCGGAAGUGAAGAAGAAGUGGUCGGACCUCAAGACGGAGGUACGGCGCAAAGUUGCCCAAGUCAGAGCCGCCGUAGAAGAUGGUGGCAAUGACCAGGAAGGAGGUGGGGAAGUCCAGGAGGUUGAAGAAGAUGCAACAGGGACCUCUGCUGCCCCAGUGAUUCUCACCCCCAUGCAGCAGCGCAUCUGUAACCUUCUGGGAGAAGCCACCAUCAUCAGCUUGCCUGCGGGAAGCUGCACCGCCACCCAUACGUCGGAAAUACCCAUUACAGCUGCCGCAACCACCGUCACCCUUACACAGA